CUUUCUAUGUGCUAAGCUAAUAAUAUAGUAACAUAUUCAAAAGCCAACUGCUAAACAACAUGCUUAAACGCUUCUGUUUCCUGUUGCUCUGUCUGCUGUUGAUAGCCCUGUGCCUAGCCAGUUAUAAGCGAGUUUUGUUUAAGGGACAAUGCCCCAAGUUUGUGGAGCUUGACUCUGCUGGCAAUUCAGAAAUAUCGUUUUCUGGCAUUUGGUUUCAAUAUGCAGUGCAUCCAAAUUAUCUGCAGGAUAAAUGCAUUAUACGAGCCUUUGAUAAUAGUUUCUAUUGGGCACAGUUUGCGCAAACUGAUAAUGAGAAUUUCAUAAUACAGUAUUUUUGCUACGAGAAUCGCCAGCGCAAAUUAGGUCGACAGCAUUCAAGAUCUAUUUCGAUAUUUGUGCGCGAGCGUGAACCAAGGCCAGAAACAAUUGCAGCCAUAACAAAGGCUUUAAAGUAUAAUUUUAAAUUUCCAGUUGGCCUAUUGAACUACACGGACUAUUCGUAUUGUACAGAUAUUGAAAUUAAAGAUGCUACCGCACGAGCUUAAUUUUUA